CGGAUGAGAGGGUGACUCUAUAUAACUCGCCGGUGGUCCUCAGACAUGUCUGUGGAUGUUUCCAAGAAUAAAGAGUUAAAAGCUGGCAAUUGUUCAAAUCAAACAUAAUGGCACCAUCUCUUGCUGAGCCCGUCAAUAGCCUUCGCGCACCACCCAAGUCGCUUCUCAAGACAAAUGGGGGUCACAACAAGGAAAACCUGAUCGGAUACGGAGAGACCUACAAGCAUGCGGAUGAGAUAAAGGGCACCGCCAAAUACUCAGCUGCAUCAUUUCCCAAUUACCUACCCGUUUGGGACAAUGAGACCGAAAGAUACCCACCACUACAGCCCUUUGAGCACUACGAACACGGAAAGGAUGCCGACUCAACCUUCCCGGAUCUAUUCCCGAAGGAUGGAGACUUCCACCUGGAAGAACUCACUCCCAGCAUCGGCUCCGAAGUUAACGGUGUCCAGCUAAGCCAACUGACAAAGGAGGGCAAGGACCAACUCGCCUUGUUCGUUGCUCAGAGGAAGGUCGUAGCAUUCCGCGACCAGGACUUUGCGCACCUCCCCAUCGACAAGGCCCUUGAGAUCGGCGGCUACUUCGGCCGUCAUCACAUCCACCAGGCCUCCGGUGCCCCAAAGGGCUACCCCGAGGUUCACAUCGUGCACCGUGGAGCAGAGGACACCAGCGGCGCUGACUUCCUCGCUGGCCACACCAACUCUAUCACCUGGCACUCGGAUGUUACCUUCGAGGAGCAACCCCCCGGCACAACCUUCCUUUACGUCCUCGAUGGCCCCUCCAGCGGCGGAGAUACUCUCUUCGCAGACAUGGCUUCAGCCUACAGGCGUCUCUCCCCAGAGUUCCAAAAACGCCUCCACGGCCUCAAGGCUGUGCACUCCGGUGUCGAGCAGGUCAACAACAGCCUGAACAAGGGUGGCAUUGCCCGUCGUGACCCUAUCACAACAGAGCACCCCAUUGUUCGAACUCACCCAGCAACUGGCGAGAAGGCUCUCUACGUGAACCCUCAAUUCACUCGCCACAUCGUCGGCUACAAGAAGGAAGAAUCUGAUUACCUUCUCAAGUUCCUCUACGAUCACAUCGCUCUCUCCCAGGACAUCCAGACCCGCGUCAGAUGGCGCGCUGGUACCGUUGUCGUUUGGGAUAACCGAGUUGCCUGCCACAGCGCACUCUUUGACUGGGCCGACGGGCAGAGACGCCAUUUGGCCAGAAUCACACCUCAAGCCGAGCGGCCAUAUGAGACUCCGUUUGAGGCUUAAUUGGCUGGUAUCGCAAUUAUGAAGUUGACGUUGAUGAUUUGACGGUUGGCACUAUGCAUACAAAUAUUGUAAAUAGAUGAACAGAGUGUAUAUGUGGAGCGAAGAAUGGGGAGCUUAAAUUGCGCCCCUUGACAUGCAGAGAGCAUGGAUAUCAAAAUUAUAUACCCAAUUACAAAUGAACAGCCUUGCUCUUCCAGGUUUAUUGCGAAAUGCCUUCU